AUGCUUGCGUGCUGUUGCCAGGCAGAUUCGGAGACGGCUCUGGCAGUGCCGGAGCUGGUGACUUCGACUCCGGCUGUGCCCAAGUCGGGCGUCAAGGCGGCUGAGCCAGAACCAGAUGUGGCAGAAGCGCCGGCCCCAAGCACGCCCGGUCAAAUGGAGCGCACAGCUUGGGGGAGCUUCACGAUGACACUGCAGUACACGGCUGGCCAGAAGCUGGGGCUGAGCCUGGACUUUUCUGACGAGAAGUAUUGCAUUGUCAGAGGCGUCGCUCCAGAGGGCCUGGCGGCAGCCUGGAACCAGACUUGUGCCCAGGAUCAGGUGAUCCGUGAAUGGCAUCGGCUCAAGGCUGUGAAUGGCCAACAGGGCAGUUGCCAGGAGUUGCUACGAGAAAUGCAGAGCGCCAUUCAAAGCCGUGGUGAGUUCGAACUUUCCUUUGAAGCACCUGUCAAGAUCUCUGUCAACAUCAAAAAGGAAUCUGACGACUUGGGGAUGGCGCUGGUGGCCAAAAAGAGCUUUGUGGGCAUCAACGGCGUUACCGGUGGCGGAGCCAUCCAGGCCCACAACAACUCCGCGCCGGACAGAACAGUUGGACCGUCGUCACGGAUUGUAGAAGUCAAUGGGAGCCCCGCGGCUGGAGAGGUUAUGCUGAAGACCAUGCUCGAAGAGAAGGACUUCAGCCUCACCAUCCUCAACUGGUCGACGUAG